GUGCUGUUGACCCGCAGCAAAUCAUCCCCUGAAGCGUCCUCAAAGCCUGCAGUAAAGUAAAUUGCUAUGAGCCGCUUCCUCACCAACCCGUAGCGUUUCUGUGGCCGAGUCCAUUCAUCGGUGACCUGAGUGGAAUUAUUCCUGGUUUCGGCAGACCUCUGCGUUAUGACCUGGCUGCUGGGCUACGUGGACCCCUCGGAUCCCUGCUUCGUGGCUGCCAUCCUCACCAUCACUUUCAAUCCGCUCUUCUGGAAUGUGGUUGCGAGAUGGGAACAGAAAACCCGAAAGCUGAGCAGGGCCUUCCGAUCCCCCUACCUGGCCUGCUACUCCCUGGGCGCUAUCAUUUUGCUCCUGAACGUUCUGCGCUCCCACUGCUUCACACAGGCCAUGCUGAGCCAGCCCAAGAUGGAGAGCCUGGAUAACCCCACGGCCUACCGCAUGGGCCUCGCGCUCCUGGGAGUGGGCAGCACGUUUGUGCUCUCCAGCUUCUUUGCACUGGGCUUCACCGGGACCUUCCUAGGCGAUUACUUCGGGAUCCUCAAGGAGGCAAGGGUGACCACAUUCCCGUUCAACGUCCUGGACAACCCCAUGUACUGGGGCAGCACGGCCAAUUACCUGGGCUGGGCCGUCAUGCACGCCAGCCCCACCGGCCUGCUGCUGACCGCGGUUGUGGCCCUCGUCUACAUGGUCGCCAUCCUGUACGAGGAGCCCUUCACCACGCAGAUCUACCAGCAGCAAGCCUCCCCGUCCCACAAGAGGAGCUGACCGGGCCUUUGGCCAUGUCGCGGAGCGUCUGCCGCCUCCGGCCUGCCCUGAGUGCCAAGCCCUACAGCGGGGAGACGGGCCCCAGCCGCCGCUCGGUGUUGGUGCCCGGCGAGGGCCACUCCAGUGCCUUGGAAACCUCUGCCUUGGGGGCCCUGGACAUGCUGUCGUCUGGCCACUGAGCCCCCCUGCCCUGCAGCCCCCAGUACAUCCUAACUCACCAAUAAAGGCACCCUGACGCCAGCA